AACAGUUAGACGCCGGUCGGCGGCUUUGUAACGCGCACGAUCGUCGCUCGCAGAUAAACGGCCAACGCCUAUAUACGCCUCUUUUGAACUACUUUUAUGUACGCGACGGCUAACGCCUUUCUUCGCGUCUACACGACGCCCAGAACUUGGCAUCCUCACGUCUACUGUGCUGGACCCAAGUCACCAACGCCGCACUAUAUCAGGAAUAUUUUGAAUUUGGUUGAAAAUCACGAUAGUAGUGACGACGAAGACGAUUAUAAUCCUUGUAGCCCUGUUAUUGACGUCGUGGAAGAAAUAGGUAGGUCUAUUCUAUAUAACCCUCCCCCUCUACCCCCUUUAUCGGUUUUAUCUAAUCUCGGAAACGCCAGGGUCGAUAUAGACGCGUUCUAUAUUCCAUCUGGAAUGUUUACAGCCGCCGCGAACGCUAUCAAAGACAAAAGAAGCUUCCAAUAGUCCAUUAACGUUCGGCUCGGCAAUUAACACAGCGUCUCUUUGUUCGAACGCAUAACCGUCUAUUAAUUGUUUCUUUCCAAUCUACUCAACUCGAUCUUUUACGAGAAGAUAGGGAAGUAAAAUGAGGAAAGGACAGAAAGACUUAUUGAUAGAGUUGGAGAAGAGACAGGAAAGUAGCGAGAGUAGUUUAGGAUAUGCGUUUCUUUUACGAUUUCUCUAAUAAGAACCGCUUAUAAAUAGCUUCAAGCGCCUGAAUUGUUAAUCUCGUUAAUUGUUUAUUUUUUGGCGCGAAUUUUCCUCUGUCGGAUCAACUACUUUGCUUUACCAAAAAAGUCGAAAAGUCCCCAGAUGAAGAAUGUCUGGUGCGUGUUGGAUAGAUAAGGAGUGUCAGAUUGAGUGUAAGUAAUUUGUCUUAUCGUCGCGACGAAUCGAGAGACGGAGCUGCUGCGCUCAAUCAAAACGAAAGUUUUUCCGGCUAUAUCGAGGCGUUUAGAGACGGUUUCUGCCCAAGAUAAGAAACUCUUCCGGAACUAGGCCUAUUCUCUAUAGAAAUUUUCCUAUUUUUUUUCCCGGUAUUGUAUUUCAUAGAGUCUAUUGUGUACUAUUGCGACUGACUGCCAUAUUAUUAUUUUCAUUGUUUUUCUAUACACGUUAAAUAGCCAUGUUGCUUUCUCGCUCUCGCCCUCUCUUCUUUCUCUUUUAUACUCUUUCCUAUAAGACUUCUAUGUGGUUUUUUACCCUUACUCUUGUUCCAUAUUUUAUCUAAAAUCUUUUACAAAGCCCUUUAUUCUCUCUUAAAAUUUCUCAAUUUUCUCGUAUACAUGUCCCACCAUUAAGUGAAAACAAUCUUAAAAGCCUUUCAAGUCGUUUUGACUUCUUCUAAAGAAAACCAACUGUUUCAAUUAACUCUCACUCUAUACAAAUAACAGAACAACAGCAGAACACUCGGAAACGUUCUAAAACAUCGGACGAGUUGAGCGAAAGGGACUCAACGGACUCAAACCAGAACAACGAUAAGCCCAAAAAGAAGAAAGCUAGAACAACAUUUACUGGAAGGCAAAUAUUCGAAUUAGAAAAGCAGUUUGAAGUGAAAAAAUAUCUGAGUUCCAGUGAAAGAGCUGAAAUGGCGUCGCUUUUGAGCGUUACCGAAACUCAGGUAAAAAUAUGGUUCCAAAAUAGGAGAACUAAGUGGAAAAAGCAGGAGAAUAUAUCAAAUACAGAAGCGGCAGAAUAUAAAAUUGGUGGAGAGAGACAUAUCGACACGAUAAGAGCCCAAGAAAAAUCAAAAUUGUCUUCCUUAAAGAAUCAUUUACCUAACUCACAAGAUCACUCGUUAGUCACAUCUUCAACAACGCCCAUUGAAGGGGAUGACUCCUCUAAACUUCGCCUACAAUCUCUAGAUGAAAAUGGGGAAAACUGUGCAGUUACUUCCGUUUCAUCAUCACCCGACGCUUCCUAACGUAUAAGACAUUAUCUCUUAUCAUAUGGUAUUUUUUCGGAGAUGAUCUCCUCUUAUUACAUUAUUAUUAUCAUUAUUAUUUUUUGGACUGGAGAAUUUCACUUAAAUAUCUAUUCAACACGUGCAUAUAUUGUGUACAAUAUAAAUAAAUAAAUAUAUUUCCUAAAUGAACGUUUUAUUCUCUUCAUGAAUGAAUGGAGACAGAAGAAGAGCAAUUGUGUGUAAGAUGCCUUUUUUUUUAAAUAAUACGUAUUCUCUUGUUUUUCUUCGUAAACGUGCG